GGUUACUAGAGCAACAGCUACGUUGUCUAUUAUAGCAACAAUGUUUGAAUUGGAAACUUGGCAACGAAAACAGAAUGUUCUAAACAAAAAUAUUUCUAUCGGGUAAACAACGGACUAGAAUUCAUUAUAAAAAUAUUUGAAGUGCAGCUGAGAUUUCGAGAUACAAUUUACAGCCUCAUAUUUUAAAAAGACCGAGCUAACGGUGGCUUCAUUGAAAGAAAAACUAAAACAAUGUCGCUUGUUUACAUUACACAUCACAAUGAGAAUAUCUUUGACGUGGAGCGCGAGCCGGAAAAGCCACAGGAUUCGCAAAUGACACAAUAUGGUCGGACUAAUAAAGGAAAUCGCGCAAAUGAGGAGGCCUUAAUCCUGGCCGAUGGCCUGAAAGAGAGCGCAGAGAGGGCAGCUCGUUGUACUAAGGAGUUGCGUGAUCGUCUUAGCCUGGAGUACAAGAAGCAUUCGAUGGUGAUGCUUAAGGACGGGGUUCGUCUGCUUACGGAUGCCAAGAAGUCCCAACAUCGCACCAUGGGAUGUGCCAAUGUGCCCCUGGAUCCACCAUGCGCCUUUCUGCGCAAGAAUCAGGGCGUCAAGUGGCGUCGCGAGAAUCUUCAUGUGUGUCCCAAGGGAUCGAAUAUGCCGCCGCUGCCGGAAUUUGGCAAGAAGGAGAAGAAAUCCGAUAUGGUGCCCAAUUUUGUGCGGCGUAAUAUUAAAUGUGCCCGCAGCACAGUUCGCUGUCCACCGCCUCCACGCAUCGUGGACACGCCGGAAGGCACGCGUCAGAAUUUGCUCAAUUCCGGGCUGGUGCCGCAGUACGUGUGCCGCAAAGACUUUGGCCAGGUGCCCAUCUACAUACAAAAGACUAAGAAAAUGCUGUCCGCAGCCCAUGCCGUUUGCUGCAAGGAGCAGGCACGCCUAAUGGAACUAUGUGGUGGCGUCAAAGGAGCAGCCGCAUCUGCCCAAAAGCUGCAACAAUCGCAGCAGAGUCGAGAAGGUGGUGCCCCAGAUAUGCCAGGCAUGCGAGUCAUGGACCAAGCCGAGCGUAACGAUAUACUUGUCGGUCUACGGGCCCAUCUCAAUGAGAUGACCAAAAGCUAUCAGUCCAUGUCCUUGCUCAUCGACAGCGAGAACAAGCGUCAACGCAAGGGAAAACUGGAAAGCGAUUUGCGGCAGCUCGAACAGGAUAUCUUAUUGCUAGAGACCAGUCCCAUUAUUUAUGUUUCAUUGUACUAAAAUUUUGUUUUUAAAGUAUUUAAUCAUUGCACUUACACACACACAUACAUGCACUCAAAAAAUCAGUUUAAUAAAAAUUAAACAGGCAUUUCCCAAAUUCCGCAGCAUAAUCAAUUCCGCAAAGUUUCAAUCGUGUAAAAAAAGCAUUUAAAAAAUAUAAUUUUAGGUUUUAUUAAAGGACACUGCGGAAUUGAUUCGGCAACGGAAUUUUGGAUAGCACUGUUCAUGUUUAUGUAUCGA